AUGCCUCAAUCAAUUAUGGAAAUUCGCACAAUGCAACGGGCAUUUUAUGAAAUGUACAAAUUCCCAAGAGUUGUUGGAUGCAUGGAUGGAACACAUAUUAGGAUACAAUCUCCUGAAGAAUUUAGAAAUCGAAAAGGAUUCUUUUCUCUCAAUACGCAAGUUGUCUGCGAUUAUAAGAUGAGAAUUAUAGACAUAGUGGCUAGAUGGCCGGGUUCUGCUCAUGAUGCAACAAUCUUUCAACAUAGUCGACUACGUCGAAGAUUCGAGGAAGGCGAGUUUCAUUCAGGAAUAUUACUUGCUAACGGCGCAUAUCCAAACAGAAAAUAUAUUCUUNCUCCUUUUUUGCAUCCAAAUACUGUCGCCGAAAAUCGUUACAAUUACGCUCAUAUACGAACNAGGAAUAUUGGUGAACGAGUAUUUGGAGUUUGGAAACGUCGAUUUCCAGUUUUGAGUUUAGGUAUGAGACUUAAAAUUCAGACUGUGCAAGACAUCAUUGUAGCAACAACAGUUCUCCACAACAUAGCCAGAAAUCAAAACGAAGAAGAACCUCCAGUAUAUGUGGAUGUGCCUGACAAAGAAAUUGGAAAUAAUAAUGGGGAUCAACUGGAAGUAGAAGUAGCGGACAAUAGUAUUGUAGAAGUAGAACAACAUACUGCUUCAUGA